AUGGUUGAAAAUUUGCAGAAGGAGUUAUUCUCUAAGAAGUUUAGUAAAGGCACCGGUGAUAACGAUGAGAGUGAGGAUUUCCAUUCUGGUGAUACUUUAGGUGAUCUCCCAAGUUUCGGUGAGCCUAGGUUUUGUAAUACAGCAAGUAAAAAUGGUGAGUUAGAUAAGAAGGCUACUACGUGGAAUGAUUAUUUUGACUUUAACGAAUAUUUUACUAUACCGGAGAGACAAUUUCGCUUUAAUGCGUAUUACAAUUUGCCGUUUGAUACUGAUAAUGCAUUAUCAAUUCCGAUUUUUAUAUUCCAUCAUGGAGCAGGAUCAUCGGGCUUAACAUUUGCACCUUUGGUUAAGGAUUUAACAAAGAUGUUAGAAAAUAAGUGCGGUACUCUAGUAUUUGACGCCCGUGGGCAUAGUUUCACAAUGCCUUUAUCUGAAGAUUCAGCUUCUAUUACAUUUGAUCUAGAUACUUUCACUGCGGAUUUCAAAGCAAUUAUCGAGUUGUUUUAUAAUCAGAAACUGAAGACACUUGUUCCGAAACAGAAGAUAUCAGUCAUUCUACUCGGUCACAGUCUCGGUGGAAGCAUUUGUACUUCUGUAUAUUCCAAGCUAUCUAAGGAGAUUCAAUCAGCUGUAAUUGGGGUGGCUAUGUUUGAUAUUGUUGAGGAGGCAGCUACGAAGGCUCUUCAUAAGAUUUCACAGUUUUUAGCUACGACGCCUACGGUUUUUUCCAGCAUGUCUGAAGCCAUUGAAUAUCACAUUACCCAAGGGUUAUCCAGUUUGAGAAGUAGUGCAGAAGUAACGAUACCUCCUUUAUUUAAGCAGGAAAAAUCUGGAAAAGUUUUUCGUAUAACAAAUUUGGCUAGUUUUCAACCGUUCUGGGAUACUUGGUUUAAUGGACUAUCAUCCCAAUUUGUCCAACUGCCGACCAGUAAAUUGUUGAUUCUUGCUGGUAGUGAUAAUCUCGAUCGGGAAUUAAUUAUUGGUCAGAUGCAAGGGAAAUAUCAGCUGGUAGUAUUUCAAGAAUCAGGGCAUUUUAUCCAAGAGGACGCUCCCACCAAAACUGCCAUCACUUUAAUAGAUUUUUGGCGGAGGAAUGACAAUAAAAAUGUUGUUAUAAAAACCAACUGGACUAAAAAAUAA